AAUGAAAAUAAACGAUUUAGCGCCCAUUAAAAAAUUCCCACAACGGCAAAUUGGUUUCUACACGUUUCUGGAUGUGUUUCGUGUUUUUGUAGAUCAAAAUUUCUGCUCAGAUUUUCCUUGAUUGAAAGCAAAAUUGCUGCUAGGUACGUCAGUGCCUUUUGACGAAAUUAUCCUUUGGUUUUCUGUGAUCAUUUGAAUUCAAUCAAAAUACGUUCAGGAGAAGAGUUUUAGGCGCCGGCAUUUCGAUCGAAUGGAUCAAACCAUGCAAAUUCGAAGAGAUUUAACGAUGGAAACACUCUCAUCGGAAGAUUCAUAACUGCUGCACAAAUGUCGGAUUCUGAAUAUUCAACAGACCAUUCUGACAUCUCCGACUCAGAUUCCGUCCCCGGUUCGGUGGGCAGCAACUCCAUCGCAGACGCCACCAUCGAUUCCCAAUCUGCAUCUGACGACUCUGAUCGUUACUCCGACUCUGAAGCUUCGCAGUCCUUCUCAGACGGGUCCGCCUCCAGCUAUCAAACUGAUGUUACUGUAAGCUCCGACGAUUCUGACAACGAGGACAACGACAGCGCCUCAGGCCGAUCUUACGAUUCAGAGGGAUCUGGUGAAUACACACCUGUUGAAAUGUCCGACAAUGAGAUUGAAGAAGCAGAUCCAGUUUAUGUAGAUGAGCCCGUCCAAGUGUCUGAUGAUGAGCAUGUCCAGGCCUUGGAAGAAGAAGGACCCAUCCAAGUGUCCGAUGAUGACGAGGAGGACAGACCUGCGGGUGAUGCUAGUGUGGUCAUAGUUGACGUCGUCCCUCCAGCAAUUGCAGAAAUAGAAAUCAUUGAAGCUCCUCUAGCUCCUCAAAAUGAAGCUGUUGUGCCUCAGGCAGGUCCAAGUAUGGCCAAUGGCCACACAGGACCCGCAAAGAAGCCUGGGAGUGCAGCAAAAACUGCAAAGAAAAGACCUGCUUCUGAGAUGGUGAGUGACGAUGAUGACGACGAUGAUCAAAUGUGCCCCAUUUGCUACGAUUCGUGGCAAGGUACUGGCCCGCACAGGAUUGUCUCUCUUAAGUGUGGCCACCUGUUUGGAAAGAGCUGUGUGGAGAAGUGGGUAAAAUCGAAUAAAAAGUGCCCAAAGUGCAACACCGCCAACAAAAUGAGUGACAUCAGGAAGAUUUUUGCACCCACCAUCAAGGUGAAAGAGACAGAAGGAGAGAAAAGACUGCAGGCCGAGUUGGCCAAGGCUCUUGCUGCACAGAGAGAGGCUGAACUGAAGGUCUUGAGGAAGGAUCAAGAAAUUAAAGCUUUGCAGGAAGCGCAGGCUGCAAAGGCCAACAACACCAUUGCCAAACGAGACAAUCCCUCCGAGAAACGAACCAAAAACAACAAAUUCUCCUUUAAAAUGGUCAAAGACAGUCAACUCAGAAAUUCUGGAGGUCGUGUCAUGGCCUUCUGUCCUUGGGAGAACCAGCUGGUUGUAUCUUGUGCCUCACCUAUGGCGGGAUAUCAUGGCAUUCAGGUUUACGACUGCGAAAGAGGAUACACGGUGCGCAGCAUAGAUGCAUUCCACACCCAACCCAUUCGAGACAUGGAGUACUGUCCGAAUCAAAGCAAUAACAUUCUCUUGACUGCCUCGCUGGACAAAUCUGUCAAGCUAAUUGACUACAGGUCAAACAGUGUCGUCCACUCCUACAGGACUCCAAUGUCUGCAUGGAGUUGUUGCUGGGACAGAACAGGGGCUUGUAAUGGUGACAUCCACAAAAUAAGUAUUGGUUUGAUGAAUGGAGAAAUCGCUCGGUUUGACAUACGAAUGCCGAACGUAACUCCGUACAUGAUGCUGGGCAAAAGGGUGCUCAACAGUGGCCAGGACAUAACUGGCAUUCAUUCUCUGGUCACCGUUCCUCCAAACUACAAUCCCUCUUUACCUCGUGGAGCCUUGAUUGCCGCUCACCUCAAGUCAUGCCAAUUGUUCAUCGGAGACGAAGAUGUUACCGGAGUUCAACUCCCUUUCCAGGGCAACUUGACCGGCUUGAGGGCUGAGCCUGUGACAGGCCAUCUUCUGCUUUCCAACAAGCAAGCAGGCCACACAGUCUUAAGGAUUCGCCACGACGCCAAUGCUGAGCCCGUCGAACUUUUCGAACCUAUCCUCCAGCUCAACGGAGGUGGCCAAGCGCAGACCACACUGAAGAGGUCCGCCAUUGCCACUUACACGGAUGGCAACAAUUCCAAACUGCUGGUCGUCGGCAGUGAGGAGAGCAGCCGGACAGUGAAACUGUGGUCAGUGUCCGACGGAGGGUCCAUCAUUGGAAACUUGACCAUGUCAGAUGUUGUGAUGGACGUGUGUAAUCUCAAAUUCAACCACAAGGACUUUUUCGCCUUCCUGACAGACAAGAAGGUGUCGAUCUACGAGAUGACUGUGAGAUAAAGUUUAUUGCCAUUUUUUUCUUUCCGUGUCUGGCAUUUAUUCUCAGGAAGCUUAAUCACAAGCUACUUUGGUCUAUUUCUUUUAUGUUAGUUUGUUAAGUCACUGAAAACAACUUGAUUUUAUUUAUUCAAGUCUGUUUUUAACAGCACUAUGACACAUUGUCGCUAGAGGUGCGUCAUAUUCAAGCAAACCUAUGGUAUUCUGAUUUGUAAGAUUACAUUAAUUACCCUUAAUAAAUAUUUUCCUGUAUUAAAAAGAAA